GAUAAAUAAUCUCGCAACUGACAAGUAAGAAAUUCGUUGGAACGAGCAAAAAAUAUUGAGAACGUGCUCCUGGUCAGUCACUCGUGAUCGAUCUUAUGAAAAAUUCGAUCGUGUUCCCUCCCUCUUUGUUUUGAUUCUCGAUGGAAUAAAAAAAAAAAAACAGCCAAAUGUCAAUGUCAGGUAUAUCUGAUUCUAUUUGGCAAGGCGUUACCCACUCAAACGUUCUCUCGUAGAUGGGAGAAUCCAUGAAGCGGAAUCUUUUUAUCCUGGUGAUAUAUAAAGCCGACGACCAGACAAAGUGGAUACCAUAAGGACCAAGACACCUGUGCGAAUACUGUGCUUUACCUAACGUUCAAGAAAUCCACGUUUGUACACCACGAAUACUCUGACGAUUUUCUCCUCCAUACUGGCAGUAGCCUUCGCCCGCCCAGACUAUUUGCUAAACCCCUACUUCUCAACGCUGACAUCCCCAUUCAGCAUCAGGAGGCUGGGUUCAGCAGCUCCCACUGGCCUAAACGGUCGCGUAGUGGACACACCGGAAGUCGCCCAGGCCAAGGAAGAACAUGCUUUGGCGCACAUCAACGAAAGGUUCACCCUUGCUUACCAAGCAGCCAAGACUGCUGCUCCUUUGGGACCGGAUGGCCGCGUCGUGGACCUGCCGGAAGUCGCCAUAGCGAAAGCACAACACGCAGCAGCUCACCUAAAUGAAAAAUUUAACCGGGAAUUCGGAGCUAACAGGCAGAGUUACGAUUUUCCUCAGCAGUACGUACAAUAGAUACUUCUUCUGAUGAACCGGAAAUGGGUCAGAUUCCUUCGUCAACUUUGGUUCCAAUAUUCUUUUAGGUUUCGUACAUGUGACGUGGGCUGAUUUAAUAAAGCGGUAUUUAACCUGUUACCACAUUUUCUUUUGACGAUGUUCUUUGUUUUUUAGUUGGUAGUAGGAAUUUUUUUAGGAGGAUUUAAGUAUUAUUUAAGAGAUACAAUGGCGAAAACUUAGUGUCCCCUGAAGCUAGACACGUCCAAAAUGCAACAACUGAACGAAUCCCGAUUCCUUUCUGACGUAAUCAAAGGGUUACACGCAAUUGAUCCAAGGAAAAAAGGCUAACUUUCUAACCUUACUCGCACGCAAUUACUGAAACAUUUUACAACUAUUGUGUCGCCGUUUGUAAACUGCCGACGUCGAUUGUGACACGCGUUAACCGAAUACCCGUCAUUUCCCAAUCAGAUGUAUGCAAUCUGCUAACAAAACAAUUCUCUUGAAGUUUUUGCUUUAUUUUUGUAUAAAUGAAUAAAAAUGUAUGUAUUAUGUAGGCAGCUGUUUUAUUCCAUACACACGGGCUACAAAACUUCUUGCUUGGACGAAUUUAAAAUUGGAAUAAGUGAGAACAUAGAAAUUACAUUGAAUUUAAAAUCGGAGCUUAGCAUAAUAAUAAUAAUUAUUGUACAAAAUGAUUUAAGUAAUUGCCCGGGAUAGGGACUUUUCAUACACGCCUGAUUUCUUUCACCCAACGAAUGAACUGCGCUGCCUAUAAUAUAUUGCAUGCAGUGGAAAAAAAUUAUGGGAAUGCACUCUCGGCACACACCGUCCUUCGGUCUCGAGUCCUUCGGUUCGUUCAGGGUUGUAAGUCGUUUAACACGGCACACACCUCUGUUCAAAGUUCGAUAAGACGCAAACAAGAUAAAAUAAAUAAUAUAUGUUCCAGAAAUGCAGCACCUAUUGUCAAAAUUAUGGUUGCUUCUAUUUUAUACGUAUAAUUUAAAAUUCCAAUUCGGAAGUAAAUCUUGGAACAUGGUGGCAAUAAAAAUAAUUUCCCACGGGUGAUGCGAUCACCUUUUCUCAAGCAUAAUUACAGAGAAAUAUGUCUCAGAUGUAACAUCCUUGACGUGACGUAACGAUCUUCUCACAUGCUGCACAAGUCACACGUGGUUUCUCAUGUUUGCAACUGCUAGACGCGUAAUUCCAACUGUUUCCCCAGUUGCAAUAUCUUUUAAUUCAUGGAACGAUGUCCUAAGUACUCAAAAUUAAUAAUCUACUUUUCGAUCAAAUAUGACAACUUGAAUUUAACACCAAUUUAUUGUUGCACGAUUUCACGAACUUCAUUUAAACCAAUAGCGCUCCCUUUGACCAUUGGUUUCAUUUUACUAAUAGUUAUCCUUUGAGUUUUUCUAUGGGUGUCACUCGAGUCCUCCCAUAGAUGUCCCCGUAGAAAGUCCUGGCCUCCCUCACAACCACAAGAAACGCUUGCACCACACAAGUCUCGGAUUUCGCCCACAAUCACAUCCUUCCGGUCCAGGAGGGCGGGGACCUCGUUCAAAUGCCAAGGUCCUGGCACGGAGCACCGAAAGGAGGGAGUGUCCUUUUUCCUGAGCUUCCCAGGCAGACGUGGGUUCGCCGAUCACCUCCUGGCUCCCUCCAGGUCGUGGCCUCCUCGUCCACGUGAGAGGGGGCGGAUGAUCACGGCUAUAAAUGGUACCACCUAGCCGUUCUCCAGGAACACAAAACGUCAGACCGGGCCGAGUACCACGGCUGGAGCGGAAACUAGCGAGUACUGUCCAUCAGCAGCGCUACGCCAGCCCAGAACAAGGGGAGGAACCACCAGCCAGAGAAAGAGACCGAAACGAUAGCGAUUCCGGGACAUCAUGAAAGGCUUGAUCAUUUUGUUCGCCGUGGCUGUCAGCUGCAGGGCAGGUUUCGUCAACUCCCCCUCAUUCGGUGGACCCCAGAUACAUGCCCAACCCGCACCCAUAAGAUACGCGCCUCCAGCGCCAGUGGGUCAAGACGGAAAUGUGAUCGAUACACCGGAAGUGGCUGAAGCCAAGGCUGCGCAUUUCGCAGAGUUCGCCAGGGCUGCAGCUAGAGCUGCUGAGGAACUCAAAAACCAACCCCAAUCCGCUCAAUACAGCCCCCCGGCUCCGGCGCAAACCUACAACUACCCCUCGGCGCAACCAACAGCUCCGACCUAUGUCAGACAACCAAGCUAUCAAUCUCCUGCUCCCGCGUAUCAGUCUGCUCCAGCUCCUGCCCCAGCGUUUAGUCAACCAAACCCAGUGGCCUAUCAACCUCGGUAUAGCGACAACGCGAAUUACAUUGGCCAGCAAAGCUAUGCGUCGAACAAUGUUAAACCUACCGCCUUCGUUCCCGCACCCCUGGCCGACGAUGGAACCGUAAUCGAUACACCGGAAGUGGCCGCUCUUAAGGCCGCCAGGUUGGCCGAGCUGGCCGACGCCGAAGCCAGAGCUUACAAGUUUGCCCAAGAAUUCAAACCGGAAGUCCAAGGUCAAGCUUAUUCUGGGCCCGCAGCCGCCCCCGCUCCAUAUAACGUGGGACAAUACAAUCCCCUCCCUGCACAGGUAUUUUCUGGUCCAGGACCUUCGCAUCCUUCAGCCCAAGCCGCGUUUAGAAAGCCAGUUUAUCAGCCGCAGGGUUACCAACCGCAGCAGCUAGUCGGAGCUUACUGAUCGUGGAAAUUUGAACAAUCGCAACAUCUGUACAUAAUCUAGGCCAAUAAAUUGAUUCCCCCUUUUUUUACAUAAAUUUGUUUCCUUCGUUUUGAUCUUCUUCCUUUGUCAUUUAUGGUAUACAGGAAUACGUCAAUAUGAUUUUAAAAAAAUCAUAAAGAGUAUAGUGAAAAUUAAUGCAAGAGACUGUUUUAUAACGAACAAUAAAUAAUUUGGGAUAGUUUUAAUAUAAUGUAGGACAGUGUCAGUCAAUGAAUGGCGUUGUUGUUACUUGGGUACAUUUUUGGCUUUAAAGUGGAAACAGUUCCUUGAAAAACGCAGAGAUGCGUAUGGUUGGAGAAUUCAAUGCAUGGGAAGGAACUGUCGUCCAGUUCGAGUAGUAUAGUCAGUGCCACAGUUUAA